CAUUCCUACUUCCUCGUUCUGGGCAGGUAGGAGGCUGAUCAGCGGUACCACGAGCCGACUCGUCCUUAAAUCACGUCCUACUGCUACAAUGUCAGUUUCCUCCGCGCCUUAAGCACCCCACGGAGGUUCCGGGAAAGCUUCGCGAUCAUGGCCGACGCCGAGAAAGACCUCGACCUGUGGUCGGUGCCGCUGGUGGCGCUGAACAUGGGCGUGAGGAAAAAGUUGGGACUGUAUCUGAACCCGAAGCAAACGGUUUCCGCGGACUGGAUGGCCGUGGCGGAGGCCAUGGGCUUCAGCUACCUGGAGAUCAAGAACUACGAGUCGUGCAAGAGCCCCACCAAGGCUCUGCUGGAGGACUGGCAGGCCCGGAGCUCGGACGCCACGGUGGGGAAGCUGCUGUCAAUCUUCUCCGAGGUGGAGAGGAACGACAUAGUGGAGGAUCUGCGAGAGCACAUAGACCAGGACGUCAGAAAGUAUCUGGAGACUCAGAAGGCGAAGGCCGACCCCCCGCUUCAGGUCCCGGAGGUUGACAGCUGCGUGCCUCGCACCCCGGAGAGGUUCGGCAUCACGGUGGAGGACGACCCCGAAGGUGCUCCUGAGAAGUUCGACGCCUUCAUCUGCUACUGCCAGAGCGACUUCCAGUUCGUGCACGAAAUGAUCCGGGAGCUGGAGCAGACGGAGUACAAGCUCAAGCUGUGUGUCUUCGACAGAGACGUCCUCCCCGGCUCCUGCGUGUGGACCAUCACCAGUGAACUCAUCGAGAAGAGGUGCAAGAGGAUGGUGGUGGUGAUAUCGGACGAGUACCUCGACAGCGACGCCUGCGACUUCCAGACCAAGUUCGCUCUCAGCCUCUGUCCCGGAGCUCGAAGCAAACGCCUCAUUCCGGUUGUCUACAAGUCGAUGAAGAAGCCCUUCCCCAGCAUCUUGCGCUUCCUGACCGUGUGCGACUACACUCGCCCUUGCACGCAGGCCUGGUUCUGGAAACGGCUCGCCAAAGCUCUGUCGCUGCCGUAAUCGAGGAGCGAGCUGUUCGUCUCAUUUGAAAGUGCCUUUUUUUUUUUUUUUUUUUAAUUCCAUCAAAUAGAUUAUGUUGGGCGGACGGCCACAUUUCACUGGUUCCAGUUCGUUCUGUUGCAUUCGAUCGGCGUCCUGCUGCCAUCCUCUAUAAUAUUAUUGCGUGUAUACGGAAUAUAUUUUGUUGCCUUCAUUUGUGUAGAUACUGUAUCUGUAUAUUAUCGCUAUGGUAGUCGAGCUGCACAAAUGUGCUAAAGCAGAUGACACCAAAGUUCUCAAUGCACAAGCCAAUAAUACCCUACUCCUGCUAUUUUAUAUUUAUGUGUUUUAUUGUUUCGGAGGAUCGGUCAUAUAUCUGGUUAAACACACUUUAAAAGCUCAGUGUUUGUGCGUUGGCCACUUCCUGGUUAAUUCUAGAUGAGAGGGAAGAGAUAUUAUGACUGAGACACUUUCACAUGUUCCGUUUUACUGACAGCUGACACCUGUGUGUCUCUCACUGUGGUGUCUUUCCCUCUGAUUCUUAAUGAUAUGGUGUUUCGCUUAAGAUAAACAUUAAAAAAAGAUGUGAAAUUAUUCCACCUUGAACAAAUGUUUGAAUAUAUAAUCAGAUAUUCAAAAAAUAUUUUUGUCUGUAUUUUGUUUUGUUUAUUAAAAAAGUAAUAAAAUGUGUAUAUAAUG